AUUAUUAUCUGGAUUAUUAUUAACUACGGUGUCGACUAUCGUCAAGAAAUUACGUUUUUCCCCCCACAAUGUACCAUACUUUACACGGACGUUUAUGUAGCAUGUGAACAUGGAGUCUAUGCGCGCAAACAUAAUAGGGAAGUCAACCGCGUUGUUUUUCUCAUCGUUCUCAAUUUCUACUGGCUUCUUUAAGAAUUCACGGCCUCUCGGUGACGAUUUCGACCAAUCGCAGACCAGUGCGCAUGAUGCGCGCGCCAAGUGCAAACCCAACGCCGAGAAUUCGUCUUUUUUCUAAAGGGGCGUAUUUUUCUUGCCAAUUUAAUUACAAACCAACGUUCAAUGCACCCGAUACAUUCUGCAAUAAUGUCAGGCGCCUAUUUGAAACACUCGGGCACCAUGUCAAGGUGUUAGUGUUGUGUAAAGAGCGGAGAUGUGUGUUUAGAAACGUUUUUGUGGGAAGUCUCUUCAAUGGAGGGUUGAGGAAGCCCGUCUUGCUACAGAAGAGGACGCUGUCGCUCCUGGAUAUGACCGGCAUUCUCUGUCGUUUCGAGCGAUCGAUAAAAGAGUACUUAUGUCCAUUCGUAUUUUAGCAUUUGUAUAGAGGACCACUCCAAUGAGGAAGUUAAGAAAACGAGUUGGCCAAUCCCGGGCUGGAGGCUUUGGGAGAGGAAUGGUCAGAGGAAAGGAUCAGGGUCAGGUUGGUCCAUCCAGCCUCGCUGACACAGACGCUUUGCUCUGUCCACCUUCUCCAUGCAGACUGAACUUCUCUACAACCAGAGACACACUUACAUAUGCACAGGCUCAGAAAAUGGUGGAGAUUGAGCUGGAAGGACGGCUCCACCGGAUCAACAUCUGUGACCAGCUCUCUGUUGUAACAGAAGACGAGAUGCUGGCUCAGGAUCUGACGGAAUGCAACAGUAACAAAGAGAACAGUGAGCAGAGACAGGGAAACAAACAGACCACAUCUAAAAGCAAGAGGAAAGAUGGCAAACACACAGCCAAAAAGAAAUCAAGCUCUCAAUAUGGCUUGCAAAACCAGGUGGCUCAUAACCAAACCCCCUUGCCUAAGCCUACGUUUCGUAAUGUGGACACUUUCACGGCUUCAGAGGCUCCUCCUCUUCCUGUGGCUUAUUACCGCUUCAUGGAGAAGUCUGGGGAAGAGCUGGACAAUGAAGCAGAGUAUGACAUGGAUGAGGAGGACAUGGCUUGGCUAGAGAUGGUCAAUCAAAAGCGUGUGUCCGAUGGACACGCUUCAGUCCCCCCUGACACGUUCGAGUUACUGAUUGACCGACUUGAGCGCGAGUCCAUUUUGGAGUCCCGCAGCCAGACGCUGUCUCAGAGCACCAUCGACGAAGAUGCCUACUGUUGCGUUUGCCUCGACGACGAGUGUCUCAACAGCAACGUCAUCCUGUUCUGCGACAUCUGCAACCUCGCUGUGCACCAGGAAUGCUAUGGGGUGCCUUACAUCCCCGAGGGUCAGUGGCUGUGCAGGCGCUGUCUGCAGUCUCCGUCUCGUCCCGUCGAUUGCGUCCUCUGCCCCAAUCGGGGAGGUGCAUUCAAGCAAACCAGUGAAGGAAGCUGGGCCCAUGUCAUCUGUGCCAUAUGGAUCCCUGAAGUGUGCUUUGCCAACACGGUGUUCCUGGAGCCUGUGGAGGGAGUGAAUAACAUUCCUCCUGCGCGAUGGAAGCUCACCUGUUACCUGUGCAAGCAGAAAGGCAGGGGAGCAUCUAUUCAGUGCCACAAAGCGAACUGCUACAGGGCAUUUCAUGUUACUUGUGCCCAGAGAGCUGGGCUCUAUAUGAAAAUCGACCCUGUGCGGGAGACUGGCGCCAAUGGCACCACUUUUACUGUGAAGAAGACUGCUUUUUGCGAGAAUCACUCGCCUCCUGGGAUGGAGACCGAGGGGGAUGAAGACAACGGAUUGGUUGGGGGCAGGGGUAACAGAGGUCAGAGGUCAUACACAUUAGUACCUUCACUGCAGCAAAGCCAGAAUGGGCGGAAAAAAGGUUCUGCUUCACAACAGAAGAAAACACAGAAGAAUCCAUCAGGAACCUCGCGGAAGACAGGAGUGCCGCUCCUGCUGGUGCCGCAGAUACCGUCCUUUCGGCUCAACAAGAUUUGCACAGGGGUUUCUGUUGAAAGGAAGAAUCAGUUUAUGCAGAGGCUCCACAAUUACUGGCUGCUAAAGCGUCACUCUCGGAAUGGAGUGCCGCUCAUCCGCCGGCUCCAUUCUCAUCUACAGGCUCAGAAGUCAGAGCAGAGAGAGCCAGAUGCAAAGUUGCAGGCAGUCAGAGAAGAGCUAAAGUACUGGCAGAAGCUUCGUCAGGACCUGGAAAAAGCUCGACUUCUUAUUGAGCUCAUAAGAAAGAGGGAGAGGCUUAAAAGAGAACAGAUGAAACUUCAGCAGGCUGUGCUGGAGCUGCAGCUCACCCCGGCGCUGGUGUUUCUGCGCUCUACACUGGAGCAGCUGCAGGAGAAAGACACUGAUCAAAUUUUCACCUCACCGGUCAAUUUGAAGGAGGUUCCAGACUAUCUGGAGUUUGUUUCUGAGCCGAUGGACUUCUCUACGAUGCACGACAAACUAGAGGCCCAUAAAUACUCAUCGGUGGCUGACUUGGAAAGUGAUUUCAAUCUCAUGAUAUCCAACUGUCUGAGAUACAACUCCAAUGACACAGUGUUCCACAAAGCUGCCAUGCAACUUCGGGAGGUGGGCGGAGCUAUUCUGAGACACGCCCAACUUCAGGCUCUCAGCAUAGGCCUUGAUCCCAGCACAGGCAUGCACCUGCCAGAACAGGCCAGCAAACACAACGCCACGGUCUCCUGGUGGGAUGAAGUUGACUUGCUCUUGGACCCUGAAAAUCGUGUGCACAUGUGUCGUGAGGAGCAGCUGAAAACCCUGCUGGACAAACUGGAUCUGGUGGCAUCUAUGCGCACCAGCGGAGGUCGCACAAAACGCAUGCGCCUGCUGCGCAGAGAAAUCAACAGCCUCCGUCACAAAAUCAGCCACCGGGACCGCAACUCACGACUGCUGAAUGGGAAAAUUAAAGGGGAAAAGAUGGAUUACAUAACCUCCAACACAGAUUUAAAGAAAUCAACAUCCCAAAAAGUGCAGGAACCCACUUGUCCGGCCUCUUCACCUUUACCUGGAGAUGCUCCACCAAACCCGCCCAUGUUCUGCCUUGAGAUGGGACGGACCACCACUCCAGCAGAGUCAAAUAAACCUGGAAACAGAAAACGGAGGGCAAAAGGAAAAGAAAGAGGUCUGAAAGAAAAUCAUGAUCAGACUUUAGAAGAUGACGAGAGCUUCCAGGAUGCAGUGAUCAGGGUUUCCUCCACAGAGAACCCAUCAGAUUUGCCCAAGAUGGGUGUGGGUCGUCGGACGUCGGUUCUCUUUAAGAAAGCUAAAAAUGGAACCAGACUAACAAAGGACAAGCCUGUUUUAUUGCAAAAUGGAGUCAGCAAAGCUGAAAAUGAUGUAUCGCUGAAGCAGACCACACCAGCCAAAUUAUUGUCAGCACCACCAGCCCCAAAAUCACCCCCUCCGUCCCCUCAUCAGCUGAGGUCCAGAGGACUGAGUACAUGCUCGGAUGGAGAAGGAGAAAAGGCCCACUCUUCACCUGAAGAAAACGGCAUCACAAAUGGACUCAAGAGACAGAGCAGCAACUCAUCAGAUUCAGAAAGCUGCACUCCCACCUUCCCAGCUCACAGUUCCUCACCUCCAAAACGAAGUCGUGGUAAACCAGCUCUCAGCAAAGUUCCUGUCGGUGAGGACGUGAAUGGAGUUUCUAAUGCAAGCAAAGAAACUUCUCAGAAUGAUGAGAUGGAACCUCUUACCUUGGUUUGGGCAAAAUGUCGUGGAUACCCCUCAUACCCUGCAAUGAUUGUCAAUCCUAAUAUGCCCCGGGAAGGAAUUCUUCACAACGGCAUUCCCAUCCCAGUGCCUCCAGCAGAUGUUUUGGAUCUGGGUAAACGAAGACAAGAGGAGACAGAGGAGAAGUUCUUUCUUGUGCUGUUUUUUGAUACAAAAAGAACCUGGCAGUGGCUGCCGUUGGACAAGCUCCAUCACAUGGGCAUUGACGACACUGUUGACAGGCUGCGUCUGAUGGAGGGCAAGAAACCGAAUGUGCGCAAGUCAGUACACAUGGCAUAUGACAGGGCGAUGACACACCUGAGCCACGUGAAGGAAAACUCAACCUUUAACCCCUCAAAUUUUAUAUAAAAGACUUUUAUAAAAGUGCCCCUAUUAUGGAUUUUUUAAAAUCACCUUUCAUGCAGUGUGUUACACAGCUCUGAGUGAAUGAAAACAUCCUGCAAAGUUUUACAUCUGAAAGAGCACCGUUUAUAAAGUCACUGUCUCUCAAAAGAAAGAGUCGACUCUGAAUCAUUGAAAUUAGUCAUUUUAAAAACCAAUCCAAAGCCAUUGAUGUCAACAUGAAACAUUAGCAUAUUCCCCGCCCACUUGUUGGUCUUUUCCCGUUGGUCUGAAUGAAAAUGCAUAUGUAUUCUUUGCCACUAGGUGUUGCUUUAGGAGCAGUAAAAUAGCUGUUUCCCUGGUUACGCUGUAAACAAAGCAGCACUGCCUCACAAACACUGCUUUAUCAGGCAUUACAGGAAUGAUGAAAGGAAAAUUAGACCAAUCGGACCAAUCACCGCAGAUUAGCGUCACACAAAGGAGGAGCUUGGAAAAAUUAAUAAUUGAGCGAAUUGUCUGGGAGCCGUUGAGCAAAUAAUGAAAAAAAUAAAUGCAUAUUAUAAGACAACAAGUGUUUGACCUUGCAUGCAUGUCAACCUGUUGUUGGGGACUCCCAAAACCAAAAUAUGAACCUUUCAUCACAGGCAUAAUAGGGGCACUUUAAAUGUUUGUCUAAACUGACUGUAAGAUACCAAUGGAGGUACGUUCAUAACAUUCAGAUAUUUAUUGGUUUUUAUACCAGUGACAGGCAGAUUAAUAAGCUCUUUUUUUAAUAUAAUGUUUUCCUAUCCCUCAUAACUCAAGGCACAUCAUAAAUCAAUCCUGGUUAACUUUAAAUGUUCUCAUUCAACCAAGAUUUUAAGAAUGUGUUAAAUUCACUUAUUGUAACUGCACUUAUUUCUGUAUGUUGAAAUGUUUUGUUAAUUUUCGGCCGUUUUCUUGAAUGUGAAGUGAUAGUAUCACUUAUGUUGCCAAUGCACCAGAGUAUUUAGGGCAGUACAAUUCAGGAACUUUGUGCUAGAAUUUUGUUACGGUUUACUUGGAUAACCUUCUGGAUUUAGGAUGUGCACAAAAUGUUCUGUUCCCCUUAGAGCUGCUGGUUAAUCAUUCUAACGUGGUCAUAUAUACUUUUCGUCUUUAUCAGAUUCCAACUUCUGAGCGUCUGGUGUUUUACUACCACGGCGGUUUUAACCUACUGUGAGGUGCCACUAAAUGAAAUUAUUUGGCACUGCUUACACAGAGCUCUAUUUUGUGUCUUUUGUUAAGUUAAGAUGUGCCCUUUAUUUUAAAGAAAGACUGUGUUUGUUAAAAAGCUUGUAAUUGUGCGUGGAGAACACUGUGUAAAUAUAAAUGCAUGUAAUGUAGAAAAUAUGCACAGAUGUGUUUUUAAAAUCUGAAAUGUAAAUUAAUGACAAACUUUGUACAUGUCAUUUUAAUUUAUUGAGUGGUUAUGGAAAAGUUAUUUAAUAGUUAUUGAGAAGGUUUAACUUAACAGCUCUGUAGAGCUUUAUAUUGUUCAGAAGGCAUUACUGCUUUAAUGCAAUUGUUCCUUAGUGGUCUACCGUGAGAGAACAUUGUAGAGUAAAAUACCAUAUAGUCUCUUAGAUCAUGUACGCAGAGUAAAAGAGAAAUGUGUUUUUUUUAAAGCCUGUGAAAAAGCUAAUAGUACCAAACAAAAAAUGUCUGAAAUGAGAAAUAAAAACACUGUUGAGCUUA